AUGGUUUCUUUCUCUUUUGCUACUAUUGUAGCAGCGCUUUCUGUAAGUGCGUUGGCUAAGCCAGUAAUUGCUCCAAAGAACAAAGACACUUCUCUACACUUCGUCAACGAGAAGAGAUACUACGACUAUGACUCCAAGGCCAUCGGUGAACCAAUUAGAGGUGUUAACAUCGGUGGUUGGUUUGUUCUAGAGCCAUAUAUCACUCCAUCUCUAUUCGAGGCAUUCCGUACAAACCCAUAUAAUGACGAUGGUAUCCCAGUUGAUGAGUACCACUAUUGUGAACAAUUGGGUGAACAAGAAGCUAGAAACCGCUUGGAAUACCACUGGUCCACUUUCUACACUGAACAGGACUUCGCUGAUAUCAAGUCCAAGGGCUUCAACUUGGUCAGAAUUCCAAUUGGUUACUGGGCUUUCAAGGACAUGCCAAAUGACCCUUACGUCAAGGGUUCUCAAGAGUACUACUUGGAUCAAGCUAUUCAAUGGGCUGAAAACAACGGUCUAAAGGUCUGGGUUGACUUGCAUGGUGCUGUCGGUUCCCAAAACGGUUUCGAUAACUCUGGUCUAAGAGACUCUAUUGACUUCUUGGCUGAUGAAAAUCUACAAAACACUAAGGAAAUUCUAAAGUACGUCUUGCAAAAAUACUCUCAACAACAAUACUUGAACACAGUGAUCGGUGUUGAGUUGAUCAAUGAACCUUUGGGUCCAGUUAUCGAUAUGGACAAGAUGAAGGAACAAUACAUCAAGCCAGCUUACGAAUAUUUGAGAAAUGAAUUGCAAUCCAUUCAAGACAUUAUUGUUCAUGAUGCAUUCCAACCAUUCCACUACUGGGAUGACUUCAUGACUGUCGACACUGGAUACUGGGGUGUAGUGAUUGACCACCAUCACUACCAAGUUUUCUCCACCGGUGAACUACAACGUGACAUGGGCCAACACAUCCAAGUCGCUUGUGAAUGGGGUUCCGGUAUCUUGACUGAAUCUCACUGGACUGUUGCAGGUGAGUGGUCUGCUGCCCUAACUGACUGUACCAAAUGGUUGAACGGUGUUGGUAUUGGUGCUAGAUACGAUGGAUCUUUCUGGAAGAACGGUGUUUCUUCCUCUUUCAUCGGAUCAUGUGCUAACAACGAGGACAUUUACUCCUGGAGUGAGGAAAGAAAGGAAAACACUAGAAAAUACAUUGAAGCUCAACUAGAUGCUUUUGAAAAGAGAGGUGGCUGGAUCUUCUGGUGUUAUAAGACUGAAACAAAUAUUGAAUGGGAUGCUUCUAGAUUGAUUGAAUAUGGCAUGUUCCCACAGCCAUUGACUGACAGAAGAUACCCAGGUCAAUGUGCUUAA